AUGCUUUUGGCCUCACCAGUGGUCCUCCCCACGGCCUGCGGGGUGCUCGUGGUGGCGCUGUUGGCGCUGCGGCGGGGCCGUCAGCCGUGGUUGGAGGAGUUGCCUUUGCGCUACGAUGGCGCCUGGAUCGCAGCCUACUGGCAGCGCCGCCCGCUGCAGUUGUUGCAACGUUUCGUGGAGGUGUCCUUGAAAACUGGUGCCUUCAGUGUGGCUGUAGAGCUCGACAAGUUCUUCGGUCGGGAGGAGGCCAUGGCUCCGCAACGUGCCCGAGAGGCGAAGGAGCUGAUCACAGAUCUUGGCCCUGCCUUUGUGAAGAUCGUGCAGGUCUUCGCAUCGCGGCCAGAUGCCCUUCCGGAGGCGUACCAGAAGGAGUUUGAAGGUUUGCUAGAACGAGUGCGACCUUUCAACAAAGAUGAGGCGAUGGAGACUUUGACCCGGAAUUUGGGUGAUGUGGAACGCCUCUUCGACGACAUGGCCGCCUUCAACGAGCCGGUGGCGGCGGCUUCAGUGGGCCAAGUCUAUCGCGCACGCAUGUCAGGGCGGCAGGUGGCGGUCAAGGUCCAGCGCCCGGAUGUUCGGGAGCAAGUGACUUUGGACCUCUUCGUGGUUCGGCAGAUCGCCAGCAUAGGCUCUUUUUCUCCCAUCGAGAGGUAUGCGCGCCAGUUCCGAAGCUUGUUCCAAUUGGUGGACCGUGCAGCGCCCCCGUUCAUCGAAGAGCUCGAUUACGAGUUCGAGGCCAGCAAUCAGACGGAGUUCGCCGAGCUGAUUGCCAAGUGUGAUUUGGUCUCAGACACUGUGCAGGUGCCGGAGGUGAUCAAAGCCUCUCGGGAAGUUCUCAUCCAGGAAUGGUUGCCAGGGAAGAAGCUGACUGAGCCAGGAGCUGCCAAGGACCAGGCGCAGCAAGUGAAAGUGCUGCUGAACUCCUACAUGGUGCAACUCCUGGAGACCGGUUUCCUUCAUGGAGAUCCCCAUCCAGGCAACUUCGUGCUGAUGCCCUCGGGCAAGAUCGGAAUCUUGGACUAUGGCCUGAUGACUCGAAUCUCGGAGGACAAGAGAGUGGCACUGAUCCAGUACUUGAUGCAUGUCCAGGCCAACAUGUACGACGAGUGCCUGCAAGACUUGGUAACCCUGGAGUUCCUGCCUGAAGGCAUUGCCAACGAUAAGGAGGCACGCGAGGUCAUUGUUCCAAGACUAGCGGAGACGUUGAACAUCCUCUUCGACCAGAGCGAUUUGCGGGUGCAGAGAGAGAAGUUCAUCAAACAACGCGAGGAGCUGGAGGCCUCUGGAAAGCUCGAGGUCUUACAGAGUGAGCUCCAGAACAUUGCACGGAAGUACGGCUCCUUUCAGCUGCCAGGCUAUGCCACGCUCAUCAUCCGAGCAUUGGCCACCUUGGAAGGCGUUGGCUUGAGAGCGAGUUCCUCCUUCUCCUUGAAGUCGGAAACCUUCCCCUAUAUCGCCCGGCGCUUGCUCACGGACGACAGCCUCCGGAUUCGGGAGGCGCUGAAGGCUUAUCUCUACAAGGGCCGCAGCCGGAUUGCACCUGACCGCCUGGAUAGCCUCUCUCAAGGCUUUAGGACCUUCACGAAUCUGAUGCCGCUUGGUCAGCACGCAUCAGAGCGAAAGGAAUGCAGCAGUUUUACAUGCCUCAAGGACCUGCACGUGCUCCGUUACUCAUAUCAACUAUGA